CAUUUGCACGAGAAUAAUAAUGGCAAUUCACCAACCAAGUCGUUCCAUUUUGCGGUCCAUCCUGGACUUCGUUAUGCUCAUUGUUCUUUUAAUUUUCAUCGGACCAUGUGUCAAAAUAUUUAAUUAUUUUAACAUGAGCACCCGAAAUUGUUAUACGACUCACAAACGACAUGCGAAAAAGGUUGAAAACGUCCAGGCUCAAGUUCGGCGAUGGAUCGAGGGUGGCAGAAAGGGUCACAUGUGCACUGCGAAACCAGGCUGGAAGAGCUUCUCAAUUCAUAAAGUUGACAAAAGAGGCUUCUACAAGGUGGAAGUGGAUUUAAAUGACAUAAUUGAAAUCGACGUGGAGAACAAGAGGUUAAUCGUCGAGCCUGGAAUGAUGAUGGGCCAACUAACUAAAAUACUUACGGAUAAGGGAUUUACCAUCCCAGUUGUUCCAGAAUUGGAUUCUUUAACAGUCGGUGGACUAAUAUGUGGGGCAGGUCUUGAGACGAGUAGUCACCACUAUGGAGUGUUCGCAGAUGCUGUGACCUCUUUCGAAUUGGUUACGGCUGAUGGUGACGUUCUGAAUUGUUCAGAGACUGAAAACUCAGACUAUUUCUACGCUGUCUCCCAUUCUUACGGAACGAUCGGGUUUCUCACUUCAGUAACGAUACCACUUAUCCCUGCUGGGAAGUACAUGCAAAUCGAGUACGUCUACGUCGAUUCGAUCCCGAACGCCGUGAAACUAAUGCAGCAAAGAAAUAAGAACCACGCGUACGUGGAGGGCAUCAUUUACUCGAUGACCGACGUCAUGCUCAUGUUUGGCGACAUGACCUCCAACCCAUCCGACCCUUCUCGGAUAAAUUAUAUUAAUCGAUGGUACAAGCCGUUUUUUCACAAUAUCGUCGAAAACGUGAUGAACAGAAUGAAAUCGUCUAAAAAUAAUGCCAAAUAUAUUGAGUACUUUCCUCUCCGCGACUAUUUUCAUCGACAUUCGCGAGGAAUGUUUUGGCAGUUUGAAAAUACACUGCCCGCUCUGAGUAACCCACUGAUUAUGCUUCUCUUUGGAUGGGUGCACCCUUUCAAUGUACACGCGAUGUGGGCCUUGUUUCCAAAUUUUAUGUACAGAUUUAUUACUCGAAGUCAAGUCAUUCAAGAUUUUUGCGUCCCAACUGUAAAAUUGGAUGAAUUUUUGCAAAAAUGUGACACGAUUUACAAGGUCUACCCUAUUUGGCUUUGUGCAGCGAAGCUUCAGAAUCGGUCAAUGGUGAAGACGCCAGCUGUUUAUGGUGGGGAUUACAUGGAUCUUGGCUUUUAUGGAACUCCGAUCGACGUCGGUCGCAGUAUUGCCGACAGAAUUCGUGAAUGCGAACAAUAUUUGCUAAAAAAUGAUGGGUUCCUUGGAUUGUAUGCAGACGUAUUUUUGAGUAAUGAAGAAUUGCGCCAAAUGUUUUAUACAAUUCCGUACGACAAAGUUCGGAACGCGUCGAGCAGUUGCAGAAAAGCAUUUCCAGACGUGUUCGACAAGGCUAUGAGACGAAUCAAAUAGUCGGUUCGGACAAAAUGCAGAGUGAUUCAUGUGCAAAUUAAAUAAAGUAAUAUUUCUUUAGUUGUGUUUCUAUAAACCUAAAUAACUUCCAAAUAUGGAGUGCUGAUAUCAUAAAGUUCAGUAUAUGCGUAAAAUUCACUUUAUAGUAGGGGAAGCAUAACUUCCAUCAAAAUUUGGCUCCCGCGUUCGUAUCCCUACCAUGCUAAUAGUAUGGGAAGGAUACGAGCGCGGGAUGAUGGAGGUUAUGCUUCCCCAGUAUUAUAAAGAUAACUGAUCAAAAUUAUCUAUACCAUUAAUCAAAAUAGGAUACAGUACUGCGUUUAUAGCUUUGAGAAAUUUUCUACAUACAAUUUUCAGAUUCAAGGUGGGAUAACAGAGUAGAUUUAAGAAUAUGGAUUUACACAGGCAUAAUUAUAUACUUAAAAAUUUCAUCUUUAGGACUAUAUUGGCAUAUGAUUUGUCGAAUUUGAAUGUGUCGAAUAAUUCUUAUCUUUAGCAUUACUACCUUCAAAACGUCUUAAGACGAAUUCCAACUUUCUGGGAGAGAAGCUAGUCUCUGCUGCCUAUUUCUGGUUGGUCUUCAUAUUCCCCUCAGUCCUCGUUUAUAUUAGCUUUUUCGAACCUGAAAGUAAUCCCCUCUAUUCAUUUGUCCUUCAUUACCCCGCUCUUGUAAAGAUACUCGUCCAAAUAUUUUCCUAUUUCAUCAGCAACAUCCUCAUCUGCACCACGGUGCUCUGCGGGUUAUGCAUCCUCAACGGUAUUGUUGUCACCUAUCUGGCCAUAAAUUCUCUCAAUUCAUCAAUUGGCAUCAAUUUCGUGGAUAAAAAAUUUCGGCUUGGCCUCGGAUUUGAAAAAGGGAUCAAAACCUAUCGAACUCUUGGCAUCUUGACGAUCAUCCAGUCUGAAUUGGCGAGUUAUUUAGUAGUUCCCUGUCUGCACCAUAUUUCUGAGACCGAAAUUUCCGGUUACCUCAUUACACGCACAUACAUAUAUACUGUACAAUGUACACUGUAUAAAUACAUAAUAUUCCAAUACAUAUUCAACCGGAUUAAAGUGGUACAAUUGUAUGUAUAUGAUGCAAAAUAUUAGAAUAAAUCCCUAUUGAUGUUGA